AUGGCAUCCCGUUCGCGCUCUCGUUCACGCUCACGUUCUCCAGAGAGAUCCAGAGACCUCCCACACAACGCCUCUCCAAUAUCAGAAUCCGAUUAUUUUCUCAAGAGCGCAGAAUUCAGAAUCUGGCUGAAGGAUGAGAAGCGCAAGUACUUCGAUGAACUGUCGGGGGAGAAAGCUAGAAGUUACUUUCGAAAGUUUGUAAAGGCUUGGAACAAGGGGAAACUAUCCAAGUCACUAUACGCCGGCGCAGACCCUGCCUCCGUUGCGGCAAAUCAAACGAGCUACAAGUGGUCAUUUGCUUCCAAGCAGACCCGAAAUGACGCCGCUGCUUUAGACGCUGCGCGGCAUGAGAUAGCCGCAGCGACUCAUGGGCGAGACGCCGCAGCCUCUGCUUCUGGUAGCGGCAAACUCCAAGGUCCCACUCUCCCUUCGUCCUCCGACCUCGCGCUCGCCCGUGAACUCGAAGCAGAGAACCGCGACGAAGAGCGCAAAUACAAGCGCAAGCGAGACAAGAUGGAAGCGAAGGACCGGAUUGAGGAUAUGGUCGGGCCGAAGGAAGUAGGCCGUGAGGGGAUGCUAGAGAAGAAGCGAGCCAAGCGGGAUAAUGAUCGUGCAUUCAGGGAGAAGGGUGAAGACGGGCUUGAGGCUGAUGAGACCACUCUGAUGGGUGGUGGAGAUAGCUUUCGAGCAGCGAUCGCAAAGAGAGACGCCAACAAGGACCGAUACAAACAGAAGAAUGCAGAGAAGGCGUAUGAGAUGAGAGAACGGGCGAGCCACUUCAAGGAGAAGGAGAAAGCAACAAUGGAUAUGUUCCAGCAACUGGCAAAACAGCGUUUCGGAUGA